AGAGGAGGCGCUCGCUCUCAGACACAGAAAGACCAACGCAGUCAAACACAAGGUUGGCUGCUAGCUGAGAGGGCAGCAUGGCGGGGCUACAGGACUUCCAACAAGGCAGCCACUGUCACAGGAAAACGUGGAUUAGUGUACUACUUGGAAUACUGCAGUUACUUUUACCUUGCGUGCAGCGCGGAGGGGCUCAAUUCCAAGCUCUGACUCAAUUGUCCACCAACGUGGUCGAAGUAUUACAGCCAGAGGAUGCAGAACCAUUAGUCCCAGUUCAGUUGAAGGAACGAAGAGAAGAUGGCCUUCCACUGGAAGAGAGCUCCUCUUCGUAUACUGGGGAGAAUAGAAGGCCUCUACAUUUCCAGCCUCCAGCAUUGGAGUUUGGGACACAGCCUUUGGGUUUGCCAAGAGCUGAAACCAUAUAUAUACACAACCCCAGUCAGGAGGAUCCUGUGACACUGCUGUCAAUGUUUACAUCCAGCAAGCAUUUUCACAUACCUUCCUUUCACAGAAGAGUGAUCCCACCAAGGGGAAAGGCAUCUUUUAAAUUAAUUUUCCUCACGUCUGAGGAGGGCAAUAUAGAAAACACAUUAUUUAUAAACACAUCAGCACACGGGCUGCUAUCAUACCAGGUAUUUGGUGUGGGAGUUCAGCGAGGCUUAUUAAAGUCUGUCCAAAGAAAGGAUAGUCUGUUAAUAUUCCCUCAUAUCCAGAGCAUUAAGCUGACCCAAACUCAGGAAGAUGCCUCCAACAUCACUAUAGUGGGUCUGCUUCUGGAGUGCAUCCUACCGAAGACUUUAUUUGACAGUCCUCAGGGUUCUUGCCUCCAGAACGAAGAGCACCUCAGUCUGCAAAUCAAUUUGGUGGCACAUGGUGACCGCCCCGCUGACUUGGACAAGCUCAAGCCUUAUGUCAUUGAACACAUUUUGGUGCUGAUGUUGUCUCCUGCUGCUGGAUGGAGUGCAGCAGGGGAAGAAAAAAUACGAGUUUAUAUGUUAAAUUCCGGAAGCAAGAAACUCUAUAUAAAGGACAUACAGGUGCUUUCAAAAACAGAUGCCAACUUGGAAUGUAAUCACAUUCUUCUGAGACCUGAAGCCAAAAACUUUACUGAAGUGGCAACUCUGGCCUGCAGAGGUUCAUUACCUAGCCACGGUAGAAAAUGUUUAAGUCAAAUCAGCCUCAUGAUUCCAGGAAACCAGACAGCACUCACCUUUCCCGGAUUUCAUAUUUCACACAGGUGGACAACAGGGGAUUUAUUCAGCCUCCAGCAGGUGAAACGAAGUGGUGCACACCAGGUGGAGCUGUGGAUGAAUAAUGCUUUCCUGUUGCCUUUCACACUGACCAACGCCACCCUCUCACACAAACUGCAAGGGGUCAUGAAGGUAAUGAAUUUCAACAGUCCAGUGACUGUGUCCCAGGGCUGCCUACAUAUCCUGUCGCUCCAGUUGCUCAACAGAACUCUACCCAGCAACCUGCUGUCUACACUGGUCCUACAUACAAGCCUGGGCACGGCCUUACAUGUUCCUCUUUACUUUUUCUCCUCUUCUGCUCAGCAAGGACAGGUGGUGUUUGAGACUGAGCGCCAGUGUGGCCGACCGUGCCCGCUCAGAUUGUCUGAAGCAGGUCGUACGGAGUGGCAGCGCACUCUACUUCCAGACUUUUCCUCCUUCUCUUGGGCUGUGGACAGCAAACUGGCCUCUGAGCUCUGUUCUCAGUGGCAGAGCCACAAAGAUAAACUGCCCUGCAGGUCAGUCUAAAAACUUUCCGGUGGCCCAAGACUCCCUGUAGACACAUCUUCUCCUCUGGACUUUGGUGCUACACCAGUCAAUGAAAGCAAGGUGAAGACGUUCAUGUUGAAGAAUCCAUCGUCUUCUGUGGUUUCUGUGGAGAUUCAAAUCAUUUCCCUGUACCCUGCCCCCCUGGAAGCUCUGGACCUCUUGACCAAAUGGUUUAAUAUCAGCCCGCUGUCUGUGAGCAUCAGCUCGAAAGAGUUUUCUUUCUUGUCGACUCCGCUGAAGACGGGUAAGAAUGUGGAAGACGUAACCGGUGAGGGUUUCAUACGUCUGCUGCUGCAGCCGUGGGAGACCAAAGAAGUUGCUGUGGUUUUUAGUCCUUCUGAACACAAACCUACUGCCACUAUUCUCCUUAUCAGGAACAACCUCACGGUAUUUGAUAUGCUGAUGGUUCAGGGUCACGGUGCCAAGGAGCUGCUCAGAGUAGGAGGCAAACUGCCUGGCCCAUCGGCGUCUCUGCGCUUCAAUGUUCCUCAGUCGACUCUGAUGGAGUGCCGUGAUGGCCUGCGAACCAAUAAGCCACUUUUUGCAAUCAGAAAGAGUUUCAAGGUGGAGAAUGCAGGAGAGCUUCCCCUGACCGUCAUGUCGAUGAAUAUAAAUGGCUAUAACUGCCAGGGCUUUGGCUUUGAGGUUCUCCAGUGUCACGCCUUCAGCUUGGACCGCAACACCUCCUCAGAGAUCACCAUUGCGUUCACACCAGACUUCACCUCGUCCUGGGUGAUCAGAGACCUCACCUUGACAACGUCACGUGGGACUUUGUUCCCGUUUAUCCUCAAUGUGACGCUGCCACAUCACAUGCUGCCUCUGUGUGCUCAAGUGGUUCCUGGCCCCAGCUGGGAGGAAGCAUUCUGGGUGAUCACCCUCAUUUUCACCUGCUUUUCUUUGUUCGGUGUGUGUCUGAUGGCAUUCCAUCAGGCUCAGUAUAUCCUGAGUGAGUUUUUCACACCCAGCAUUAGGAGCAAUCACAAUUCUGUUGUAUCUCAUGACAAUGGCCCUGUCAACGUCACACCAAAUGGAGAGAAUAAAACUAAAGGAACUUGUAAGAGUUAUGUGGACACCUUCCACACUUCUGACAAAGGUAAGGGGCGUGGCUCUCCAGCACUGGCCAACAGUCCUGCACCACGCCCUCAGUCAUCCAAGAAAGGCACCUUAGCUACACUGACCCAGCCACAGAAGAAACACAAGGUUUCUCUCUACUACACAAAGUACAAAACCAGCCCCUCCACAGCAGCAUCUGUGAUGAUGGAAGAGGAGCACGACGAUCUGAGCCCAGACCUAGACAUCUGCAACAAUAAUGAGCCUGAUUUUAUCAAUGAGCUGGAUAAAAAGACUGCAGCAGAGUUUAAAGAUGACCUCCACAGUGCCGUGCAAGAUGGGCUGCCAGCAGCAGUUAUAUUUCCCAUGGAAAUACCUGCUGGUUUACCAAACAGCGUCACAUUGGGCCCAGAACCGAGACCAGACCUCCUGCCAUGCAGUCCUACAGAGAAGAAUGCUUUUGAGAAAAUGGUGAACUCUGAGCUACAACUGAGUGAAGAUGUGAAAAGCCAGAAAAAGAAGGUACAGAAUGCAGAUGCUGGUAAUGUUUCAGAGAGUAAUAAAGGAAAGAGUCGCCGCAGGAAGGCAGAAAGCGUUUCCAGUGCUCCUGAGCACAGUGUGCUUGUGAUGCCAGAGAGAGAGAAAGAACCCGACUUCAUCGUGAGCGGAACACACAGCAGAAAUCACUGCUGCAACGGCUCCAAGCCAGAAACGGCAAAAACCGGACCGAGUGUUGAGAGCCCCCUCAAACAGAAAGGUGUGUGUGACGCUCGCACUCGACGGAAGUGCACCACAGAGCGGCGUGGUGGCGGAACGUGCGAGUCAGGCUCAGACUCUGGCAGCUCGUCAGGGAGUGUGAGGGCCAGCAGAGGGAGCUGGGGCAGCUGGAGCAGUGCCAGCAGCGUGGAGGGAGACAAGGACCCCGCUGGCCACACACACACCUGUACUACCUCAUCCAGGAAAAGGGACUCGGUGCAACCCAGCGUCUACCCUGUGGACAGAUGCGGCUUCCAGAACAUGAAUAUAAACUACAAGGCUCAGAGCUGCAUGAACAGCUUAUACCACAACAACCUGUGCCAAGGCUCUGAUCCCAGUGCACCCAGCUUUGUACAGUCUUUCGCUGAUGUAGCUGCAGGAGUGGAUCGGAACAUGGACUUGGCAGGUCAGUAUUUGCCUGAGGAGACAUGGUCCGCUCCAUCUAUCCCCCUCACCAAUGAGUUCAGAUACAACACCACUGAAGCUUUUCCCUACAUACCUCAGCCAACGGCCCCCGGGCCAUACAACGGGUUUGUUUGGAAUAGUGCCAACAACCCCUGCAACAGUCCCUAUGCCUACUGUGAGGAGAACCGCUACAUGAUGGGUGGUGGUUUUCCCUGUCAAGGGGGUCAGAAUCCUCAUGGCCACCAGAGCAGCUGGAGUGAGGAACAACCCCAGGAAUCACAGUCGACCUGGGACACAGCAACUUAUGUGGGCAACAAGCCAUACUUCUCUGGGACUCGCAGUCUCUCCCCCAUGUCCAGUCUGUUUGGGUCCAUCUGGACGCCACAGAGUGAACCGUAUCAGAGCCACUUCCACACAGAGCGAUCAGCCCCGAUGUCCCCCAUCACUCUGCCCCAUUCUCCCUUCAACCGGCAGCCAGAAAGCAGCUGUGUUCCAAUCCAGUACUCCAGCUUCAACCCCUUUGGCCCACACAUGAACCUGGACAUAUGGAACUCUUCUUCCAACCGCAGCUCCAACUCUCAGCUCUCCAACGACUCUGGCUACUGUGGCGAUGUUUAAAAAAAAAAAAGCGAGAGAAGCCCUUAACAAUAUUCGCAAACAUAUUAAACAUUGAUAUGUAAAAAAAGGAAAUGAAUGUUCUUUUAUCAUUAAUGGGGGGAAAUGUGAAUAUUCCUUUUCUUUCAUGUUCCCAUUUGAAAAUGUUAAAUGUUGUGAAAGGUUAAGCAUUUGUUGUAUAUUUUUCUAGAUGUUUUGCAGUUUUGAUUAUAGAAAAUAAAAAAGGUUUUGUAC